GUCGCUUUGGAACUUUUGGCAGUCGAAAGACAAAAAGAAAUCAAAAACUCCCCAACAUUCUACCAACAAGCACCAUUUUUAACCAUAGCAGAGGAUUUAGUGAAAUUGAUAAAGGAGGAUAAAGUGGAACAGUUAAUAUUCUUGGUUUAUUGUAAAGUUUUGGAUGUAAAAGGAGAAAUGCAAGAAGAAGUAAUCAGAGAUGAAAGAAUAGAGCUGGCAUUUAAAGAAACUUUUGGCAAGUUCCCUAACUGUUCUUUAAGAAAGAUUAAUUAUGUAGAAGAUGAUUUGGGAGGA